UUUAGACUGACGGUCGUUCGCGCUGUGUGGCUAAAACAAGUAACGGUAACUCGCAUGGCCGGCAAGUGCAAUUGAAAGCAAAUUGUGAGUUUGGGCAUCGCUAGCUAUGGAGGAGGAUGUCUUGAAUGCGCUGCAGAUGCGCUGCGCUUACCUCUGCGGUGGCUACGAUCGGAGCAAGCGCAUUAUAUUCAUAGUGAAUGCCUUCAAUGAUCUGCAAUUAUGGAAUCGACGCUGCUUGCAGCUAACACUCGAAUAUCUCAAGCGUUCGCUCAGCGCUGCUGUCUUGCAAAAUGGAGUUUGCAUCAUAGUCAAUGCUCAGGAGCGUAGCACACGCAUCUCAAGGCAACACGUGCGGCAAAUUUACGCGCUCUUUGGUGGCGACAUUAGCGUGGAUUUGUAUCUAGUCAGAGCGGAGGGUUUCUGGGAGAAGCAUGUGGAGCCUUGCGCCAAGUCACAGACCAAGGGAGAGCCUUUGGUGCUCUCCAAGGCGCGUCUCAGCAAAUUCAUUGAGCCGGCGCAGCUGCCCGAGGAACUUGGCGGCUCGUUGCAGUUCAAUUAUGAUUUGUGGUUGCAACAGCGCAAGUCCAUUGAUGAGUUUAGCAAAACCCACGCGCUUACCUUAAGCGCUAUGGAUCAGCUCUUGGUGCUGCUUGGGAAGCACAAGUCGCUGCGUCCAACGGAAGCGGAUGUGGAGCUAAAGAGCUGCGCUCAGCUGCAUACGCAUGUGCAGCGCUGCAUAGAAGCGGCAAUUGAAAUGGGUAAUGCGAUCUUGGCGCGCUUCAACGAGGUAUACGAAACGCAAACGCCACAAGCCGCACCUGUUGCUGCCAGCUCAGCUACAGCAACAACAACAACAACGAUAGCAGCAACAAGUGCCUCAAGAGCCAGUUCCCCCUGCCCAGUUAAGCCAUUGUUGCCGCCAGAUCUUGGCUGCGAGCGUGCGCGCAUUGAGUUGCGGCUCAACGAGAUCGAGAAGAAGCAGACGGCCAUACGCACUGCCUGGCUGGAGUUGCUGCGUUCGCUGCGUGAGGCACGCGAGCUUAGCACGCUGGCCGAGGGCGUGGCCUUUGUCACCAAUUGGAUACUCAAUCAAGCGGAGCAGCUGCUCAGCCGGCAGCGCAGCGUUGGCGCCGAUAUACGCGCCUCGGAAACGCUGCGCGCCGCUCACGAUCAGCUGGAGUUGGAAUGCCGUGAGACUUAUGGCUGCUAUGCUGAGCUGCUCUACAAGAUUGAACGCUUUGCCAAGGAGCGUGAUCAGCUGGCCAUACGCGAUUUGCUCUCGCAACGCGACUUUAUGCAGUUUGUUUGUCGCGCCUUUGCCGUUCGACUGGAACGACGACGAAAGGUGCUGAUGACUUCGCUGCGUUUUCAUCGCCUGCUCGAUCAGUUUGAGGAGCAGCUGAGCAUUGCCAGCGAGGCAAGUGAGGCGGAGCCCUGUGAACUAAACUGGGCACAGUCAGAGCAACUGCUUGCGCAGCUCAAGAGCAGUCAACAAAUGUUGGGCAACAUCGAACGCGAACUUGUGCGCGAGGGCGAAAAGCUUUCGGACAUGCUGGCGAUGCCGGUGAAAGACGCACUGGGCCGUGACCUCCAGCUGGACUACAGCGCCGACAUUGGCCAGCUGCGGCGGCAGAUCGAGGCGAGUCGCGAGCGCCGGCAGCUCUGCGGCGAGCGUGUGGCAUUGCAGCGACUCACCUUGGAGCAGGUGACCCACAUUUAUGGCUACGAGCAGGAGGUGCGCAGUGCGCUCCAAUGGCUCAACGAGUUGUAUGCGGUGCUGCUGCGCUGCCACUCGCAUGUCGGUUGCAAUAUACACGAGAUUCAACUGCAGAAGGACGAGCUGCAGGGGUUCGAGGAAACCGGACGGAGCAUUUACAACUAUGGCUGUCAGCUGCUGGAGGCCGCGCAGACUUUGCGUCUGUGUUGCAAGCUGCCCGCGCAGUCGGCCGACAUGUUGCUGCAACUGCAGCGCACUUGGCACAGCCUGCAGUCCAUUGCCCAGGAGCAGAUGACGCGUCUGCGUGUCUCCGCCGUGUUUCAUCGCAGCGUCGAGGCGUACUACAGGCAACUGCGUGAGCUGCGUCCGCUGCUUACACACGAACUUGCCACACACGAGCUUGCAACGCAGCACAAUCGCAGCAGCAGCGGCAUCAGCAGCGACGCCGACAUUUCACCCGAACUCUCGCCAAAUAACGAGCUCAGCGCCCGCCUGCAGCGCCACCUGUUGGCCAGAGAGCAGCUGCUGGUGGAAGUGGGUCGCAUGGUGCGUCUAGGUCGACUGCUCAAGAAACGCCUCAAGGAGUCGUUCGUGCUGGAUGCGCUCACGGGCAAGAGUGUACAGGCUGAUGAGCUGCCGCUGGAUGGCAGUCCCACUGCUUUGAUAGACAGCGGACGCAAUAGCAGCGCCUCCAAUUCGACGCUCAAUCAUAUGGAGGCAGCUGCUUCACCCAGCACUGUGGUGGUUACGCCCACGGGCAGCAAUGAACUCGCUUGUGCCGCCAUUACGCAUAAGCUAGGCGCCAUUGCUGAGCUUGCCGAGUCACUGGACGCAGCUAUACGCGACUCCACCAGCGUUCAAGCUGAGAAGAAGCUCGGCAGCAAUGGCUUUGGCAGUGAGGACUGGCAGUCACGCUCUACCGAAGAUGAGAGCUUUGCCACCGCCUCCGAGGGCAAUUUUACGCCCAAUUCGCAUUCAUCAUCGUUUCAAACGGCCGGCUCGGGUCGCACCAGCUCGUACAUUGGCUCGGCCAAGAACUCCUUCGAUGAGGCGGACGACUCGACGCUGAGCAACUUUGAAAUACCCGAGCUGCCGCAGUCGCCCAUCAACAUGUCCUUUGACAGCUCCGAGCUGAGCUACUUCUCCGCGCAGCAGCCGCUCAAGAGCGAUGAUCAGAACAGCGAGGUGGGCGUGCCCGAGCUGCAUAGUCAAAGCGUUACGCCCACGCCAGAUGAGGCCAAAACGGACAGCGAAUUGGAGGGCUUUGCGCUGGAUGCGGCGCUAAUUAGCAAUGAGUCGUUGCCUCGCUGUUCGAAUGCAGUGACGCCGGAGGUGAGUGGCGCCCAGAAAGCGACAGCAGCUGAGCAAACGUCAGCAGCAGCAGCUGCUGCGACUGCGACUGCGCUGCCGCCGCAUGCAGCCUGGCGACGCAGCAAAUAUUAUGAGAACAUUACAAAGCAAACUAUCAAGGGAUUUCUAUGAUGCGACCCCGUUCCAGAUCCCGACUGCCUGCCCGCCUAAUUAACAUGCGCCAUUUGCCUAGACUAUUUGCUUUUGUUGUUAUUUUUGUUUUGUAUGCUAAGUUUGCUUGCCAAAUUGAGCAACAUUAAUUAUUGAAUUCUCUAGCUAAUUUGAAGCAUGAGCUAAGCAUUUACUUUUUGCUUUGUUA